CAAACAGAUGGAGAACCUGCUGACCCUGAAAGACUAUCAGCGCAGGCUGGACACCUCAGGACUCAAACCCAGUAAUGAGCUGUACCUGGAGUACAAGUACCUUGACCUGGCCCAGAGAAGGAUGAUAUAUGAGGGGCCUCUGACCUGGAGAGUGACCAAGGAGAAAACAUUAGAAGUGCAGUGUGUGUUGCUAGGGGAUCUGUUGGUGCUGUUACAGAAGCAGGAUGAUAAGAUGGUGCUGAAGUGUCAGAGUAAGAGUAACAUCGCUGUUCAGGAGGGCAAGCAGAUGCUCAGCCCUAUCAUCAAACUAGACUCUGCCUUCCUCCGAGAGGUGGCCACAGACCGUAAGGCUUUCUACGUGAUCUUCACCUGGGACAGCGGGGCUCAGAUCUACGAACUGGUGGCUCAAUCUGUCGGGGAGAGGAGGAACUGGACAGAUGUGAUCAAGAUGGCGGUAGAUGAGCUGAAGAAGACAGGACCUCCAUCUGACCUGAAGAGAGGAAACAGCAUCUUAACUGGAGGAGGGGAAACCCAUACAGCCCCACCACGUUUCCUCAACCCCCUCUCAGCCCCACUGAAAAUGGAGGAGUCUUGUUGAAAAACAGCAUUGGUG